AUGGAGUGCUACGUGCCCAACAACCCGCAGUACGGGUUGGAGGACUGCUGCCAGGGCUGCCCCGGGCUCUGCUGCGACUCCUUGCAACCCUGCAUACAGCAGCUCGACGAAUUCCGAGAGGACUGUUGCCAGCAGGAAAACGAAAAUUGCUGUCCAGAAAAUGGCGUCGAGCUAAACAACAUCGACUCGAUCGCGCCCUGCGACGUGACCCUCGGCGAUGGGGAAGUGACGGACCCGGCGUGGUCGGAGGACAUGGGCUCCUUCUCGCUGCCGCCCCUGGAGCUGGACCCGCUGCCUUCACUGUUCCCGUUCUCACCUUGUCCUGGAUACAACAGGAACAAUACAUCCGACUGCCGAGAAAGAGGCGGGGGCGAGGCAGCGGACGUCCUUCUCUCGCUGAAGCAUGCCGUCGUUCACGGGGACUGCGCUGGCGAGACCGUACACCCACAGAUGAUGGCUCACGGUGGCGGCGCGUACCCGUACUACGAGCACUAUGGCGGGGCUCCGCUGUUCCCGACCAUGAGUGUCAAUGUCUCUAUGAACAUGACCAUGCAUGGCUGUCCACCCGAUCAGCUGUGUUCACAGGUACAAUGGAACCAAAACGCAGCCGCACCGUCUGUCAACGUUGUGUACCCUCAAACGCAAAACGUCAUAAGCCCCACUACCUACCCCUCGGCUACCUACUCCUUCACCGCGGACUUCCGAGCUCCCAACCAAUCGGAUCCCUUAAUUACAGCCACUUCCACAUUCAAACCUAUCAUACAGAACGCCCAAAAGCCGAACAACUAUGGAAUAUUCCAGCAAAAAGGAAACUACCCUCAGAAAAAUCCACAAUUGAAGAGAUCGCCUUCGAAAUUGUACAUGCAGGAGAGUCCAAAAGAUCAGAAUAUGGGGGGUUACACGAUAUUGAAUCACCAGGGGCAGGUGCAUCAGGAUUACGGUUACACGACGUGUGUUAAUGCUUCAGGGAAAGUGCAGGUGGGAGCUUUAAGCGGUUGUUCCGAAGACGACGAACAAAAGCCGAACCUAUGCCGCAUUUGCGGUAAAACCUACGCGAGACCAAGCACCUUGAAGACCCAUCUCAGAACGCAUUCUGGUGAACGGCCUUACCGGUGUGGCGAUUGUAACAAGAGUUUCUCACAGGCUGCCAACCUGACUGCGCAUGUAAGGACGCACACGGGACAGAAACCUUUUAGGUGUCCGAUUUGCGACCGCCGGUUCAGCCAAAGCUCCAGUGUGACGACGCACAUGAGGACACAUUCAGGAGAGAGGCCGUAUCAAUGUAGAUCGUGUAAGAAAGCGUUCUCAGACAGUUCGACGCUGACCAAACAUCUCCGAAUACACUCCGGGGAGAAGCCUUACCAGUGCAAACUUUGUUUGUUGAGAUUCUCUCAAUCAGGCAAUCUGAAUCGUCACAUGCGCGUGCACGGCAACAUAUCAGGAGGCAUGCUCGGCUGA